AUGGCCGCUGCCUUCUUGCUCCUCGCGGGGGUCCUGCUCCCCUGCUGGGCUGCGUUCCCGCAGGUUAAAAGGCGGGCAACGAAGAUGAAUGGAGCUGGGUGCGCCCACCACGCUGAGUGCUUCAGUGACUGCUGCCUCAUGGACUUGGACCACGGUGGUGCCUUCUGUGCCCCCAAGACCAAAAUAGCCACAGUAUGCUUGCCCCAGACCAAGGGAGCCGCCAACAUAAUAUGCCCCUGCCAAAGGGGCUUGAGUUGCAUAUCCAAGGACGAGAUGUGUCCCCGCCGGUGCCGUUUGAUUUAGA